AAAGCUCAAGGAAAAUUUGAUUUCUCAGUCCAUCACCACUUUAAUGACGCCCUGGUGGCAAUGAUAAAUGAGUAUAUCACACAUAGCUUACAGGAAGGUGAAAAAAGUAUUAAUAGUGUGUUUUGACGUUGAUGUUCAGGGUGGUUUCACAGUUUCUGUGGUUUCUGGUUGAACAAAGAGGUGUUUAAACCAAGUAGCAUCAAAGAUCUUCAAACAAACAAGUGAAGAGUUUUACUGCAUUCAGACUCUUGCCAAACAAGAUGCUGCGAAGUAUCAUCCUGGUCACCCUGCUGAUAUCCUCAGUUUGUGCUUUUCACUGGGAAAUGCACAAGGAAGAGUCUAAUGAAAAUGAAAUUGAAGAAAGCUCUGGUGAUAUACAAACAGAACAACUCCCUGGAAUGUGCUGGGUUUGCAAGUGGGCCAUGAAGAAGGUGAAAAAACAGAUAUCCAAUGGAACAACUCAGGACGAAAUUAAAAAGAAGCUGUCGAUGGUCUGUGAUCAGAUCGGGUUCCUAAAGUCACUGUGUAGGAAGUUUGUGAACAAGUACACGGAUACCCUGGUCGAAGAACUUUCAACUACUGAUGAUGCCAGAACCAUCUGUGUUAACAUAAGUGUUUGCAAGAAAUAGGCAUGGAGAAAAUGGUUAGUUCAUCCAAAAAUGAAAAUUCUGUCAUCAAUUGCACACACUCAUGUCGCUCCAAACCCAUAAGACUUUCGUUCAUCUUCAAAACAUAAAUCUGAGAGAUCUCUGUCCCUUCAUUGAAAGUCAAGCAUGCUUGAGCUUCCAUUUACCAUAUUUGACCUCUCUGUUUAUAUGUGAAUAAAAGCUUAUUUGUAAUCUGUUCAUUAUAUAAAGUGACCGUGUCUCUUCAUAUUUUACAAUCUCUUUAUGAAAAUAUUGACGCGUCACAAUUUUGGGUGAAUAGAGGUUAAAUGAAAGGUCAGGAAAUCUCUCAGAUUUUGAAGAUGAACGAAAGUCUUGUGGGUUUGUAAUGACAUGAGGGCGAGUAAAAGGUGGUUGAAUUUAAAUUUUUGGGUGAACUAACCCUUUAAUUGCCUAUAAGAUUUAGA